ACACUGCCGUUAUAUCAUUGUGUUUUAUAAAUAAUAAUGUUGCGGCAAUUUCUGUUCAGCACAGCAUCGCGUCGGUUGGUGCGGCCCAUGAUUGCCCCACACCGCUCGGCCAGUAGCAGCCUCGACAAAACUGAGUUUACAACUCCGUCGCAGAUAGUCGACUACGAUGAUCCCCCGCAUUUGCCUGUGCCUGAGUAUCCACUCCGACCCGACGAGCCCCUCGAGACUCGCAAGCAGCGGCUGCUGUAUCAGAGUCGGAAGCGUGGCAUGCUCGAGAAUGAUCUGCUCCUCAGCACGUUUGUGGCCAAGCAUCUGAGGGACUUCUCCGCCGCCCAGACAGCCCAGUACGACGACCUCAUUAACGGCGUGAGCAACGACUGGGACAUAUUCUAUUGGGCCACCGAAACGAAGCCCACACCGCCCCAGUAUGAUACGGAGAUAAUGCGAAUGCUAAAGCAGCAUGUGAAGAACGAGGAGCGCGUGCAGCGCAUAAGACAGCCCGACUUGUAGGAGCGUCGGGUAUCUAUGAUGUCAACCCAGAUAUUUCAAUCGCAUUUCACACGGGAAAAUCUUAUGUAUUCGGUUUUAGCACAUUAUAAAUAUAUGUAUUUGUUGGUUUAACUUAA